GAUGGAGGAGAGUGGCGAUGGCUGCAGUGACUCGUUCUGGACGCACACAGUGCUGCUGGUGCCCCACUCCGCACGCCAUGCUGCAUAGGCAGCUGCCUCAGACUGUAUGCAUUGCUGUGUGGCAUAAGGGCCAUUCACCGUGGGAAUGCCAUUAGUGCUGCUGUGUGUACUGCAUCCGCCAUGCUCCCAUCAUAAGACAUCUGGGGGAGUGUA